ACGAACACUUUUUCUCUCGUAUUUAAAAAAACUCGAAACAGAGAGAGAGAAUCGCAGAACAAGAAGAAGGUUGAGCUAAACGAAGCCUUUUUCAACUCGCAACUCGUGUGAGUCACGAGACUCGCGUCCAGAGACUCACAAGAAAGCAAAAGCAAAGAGAGAGAGAGAAAGAGCUUGAAUAAUCAGGAGGAGAGGAUAGGAAAGGAAGAGGUGAGGUCAAUCAUGGAGAGUCCAUCGAAGAAGAAAAGCGAAGGAGAGGUUCUAGACGGUUCGAAUAUAAUGGAGUUGGUUGGGAACGAAGAGGUGUUCAGUCAUUUCGUGGACCAUAAGUUCCGUGAGUUGGACAAAGACAGAGAUGGUAAGCUCUCUGUGAACGAGCUCCACCCUGCUGUUGCUGAUAUCGGCGCUGCUCUUGGCUUGCCUGCCCAGGGUUCCUCUCCUGAUUCUGAUCAAAUCUACUCUGAGGUGUUAAGUGAGUUCACCCAUGGUAAACAAGAAAAAGUGAACAAGACUGAAUUCAAAGAGGUCCUUUCAGACAUUCUUCUAGGCAUGGCUGCUGGUUUAAAGAGAGACCCUAUUGUGAUCCUCCGUAUAGAUGGAGAAGACCUUCAAGAAUUUGUCAACAGCCCAAGUUUUGAGCCAGAUAUGAUAUCAAUAUUGACAGAGAUAGAGUCAGCCUAUGAAGAAGGUUUACCCCUUAAAGAUUUUAUACUUAAGGCUUUGGAAAAACUCUCUGUUGAACAAGGCAUGCCCCCAACUUCAGAUUCUUGGGUUAUGAGCAACAUUGUUGAGCCUGCUCUUCAAUUGUGUGGUGGCCAUGAUUUCGAGAAACCGGUGUCUCAAGAAACAUUCUUGGUGGAAUUUAAGAAAGCCGCAGAGAGUGUGGCCCAACAUCUUAAGGAUCAGCCUGUUAUAGUUGCUCAUAGUGAAAACACUUUUGAUGGAAGUGUCAUCAAGAGGCUACUGUCCAACAAGUUUGAACUGGAUAAGACACUAAAUUCAGCUAUGGAAGAUGUGCCAAAAGAUCGAAAUGGGAAAAUAUCUAAGGAGCAUUUGCGUGUAGCGCUGGAUGUGCUGGCCCCAGUGGCCGGUCUACCGCCACUUGGUGCAGUUGAAGAGAUGGACAAGGUGAUAGCCAAUGUGUUCCAAAUGGUAAAUGCGGAUGAUGGUAAGAUGGUUAGAGAAGACGAGUUCAAGAAGAUAAUGACUGAAAUCAUGGGGAGUGUAAUGCUGCAAUUGGAAGGGAAUCCCAUCUCAGUUUCCACAAACUCAGUGGUGCAUGAGCCACUUGCCUCUUUUUCCACAUUAUUGCAGCCACCAUCCUAGUAAUACAGCAUAGUACAUAAUAUAGAGCUAAUCAUGAAUCUGUCAAGCGUAACAACUAUUAAGAAAGACAAUAAAAUUUUGUUUCAGUAGCAAA